GUGGGACUUGUAACCAGUGCAAGAGCUUUGCAGGGUUGGAACGUUCACACCACUGAAUUGAAACUAAAAGCACUUUCUUCCUUGUGUGAUCCAUAUCCAGGGACUAUUAUUCAUUCAUUGUCUGUCAGGUUGCACGCAGCAGCCCAACUGUCAUUACAAGCAUCUUUGGACUAUCCCUAUUUGCCACCAUGGUUGUCUUCAAGAAAGUCAAGUGCUUUGAAGUGUCUUUCACCGACCCCCAGAAGGUUUACUGCGGUGGGGACAAAGUAACGGGCAAAGUCCUGGUGGAGGUGGCGGAGGUGACCCGGGUGACGGCGGUGAGAUUGUUGGCGUGCGGGGUGGCCAAGGUAUUGUGGUCCCAGAACUGCAAGCAGGAGAUGGAGUACCUGAGAUACGAGGACACCCUGCAGGUGGACGAUCAGACCUUAGAUUCUGAUGGAUCUGUCCUUAUGAGGCCAGGCAACUGCUACGAAUACAAAUUUGGAUUGGAGCUGCCCCAAGGUCCUUUGGGGUCAACAUUCAAAGGAAAGUAUGGUUCUGUCAAGUACUGGGUCAAAGCUUUCCUCGAUCGGCCAUCCCAUCCUCCCCAGGAAGUAAAGAAGUCCUUUCAAGUCGAGGACUCUGUGAACGUUGACACUCCAGAUCUCAUGUCACCAGUGUCAGGCAAAAAGUACAAGAAGAUGACGUGCAUGUUCAUUCCUGACGGCCACAUCUCUAUGAGUGCCUGCAUUAACCGCAAGGGAUUCUGUGAAGGUGAUGACAUCUGCAUCUCUGCCGACUUCGAGAACACCUGCUCCCGCAUUGUUGUCCCUAAAGCGGCCAUUAUAGGCAAGCACACCUACCUGGCCAAUGGUCAAACCAAAGUCUUCACCCAGAAAUUAUGCAGUGUGAGAGGCAAUCACAUCAUUUCCGGCAUGACAGACUCGUGGAGAGGGAAAAGCAUCCGAAUACCCAAAAUCAAGCCUUCCAUCUUGGGAUGUAAUAUCCUGCGGGUUGAAUAUUCCCUGCUGGUCUAUGUCAGCGUCCCUGGUGCCAAGAAGAUCAUUCUCGACUUGCCCCUUGUCAUAGGCUGCAGCUCUUCUGGAAUGAGUAGCCGCACCUCUAGCAUGGCAAGCCAGGCCAGCUCUGAGAUGAGUUGGCUAGAACUGAACAUCCCAGGGACCCCAGAAGCCCCUCCAGGCUACCUGGAUAUUGUCCCUGAGGAUCACAGACUGGAGAGCCCUACUACUCCAUUGUUGGAUGAUUUGGAUGGAGCCUGUGACAGCCCUAUCUUUAUGUACGCUCCAGAGUUUAAAUACAUGCCUCCUCCAACCUACACAGAGGUCGAUGUCAACAAAAACACCUGUGUGCAGUAAACCAAACAUCAGAAGCCACCAAGAAUGUCUGUUCUUUUAUGUUACGGUUCUGCGCAUAACUAGUGUUACACAGUGGCAUUGUGGUAGCUGUAAGUGGCCUUUUCUUCAAGGGCUUGGUUCAGGAGUUUGAACCAAGGACAAGGAAAUACUUUGACACUUGCCUUAAACCUACAUCACCUGAUGAUGUGCCAAGAAGAGAAAGAGUUGUCUGUUUCCCACCAUACAGUAUGUGGACAGGAAUCUGUGGCCAACGGUGGAUGUGAGGACAUUGAAACACACCUAGUAUUUGAUGCAAAUCGGGUUGAUAAUUAAGCCCUAAAUCUAAAAGAUGUCAAUGAAAAGAGAACUUUUCCCCUCCCUGCCCUCUUAUUUAUAAGUAAGGGUCUAAGGAUUUUAAUUGACUAUAGAAUGCUUAUCUACUACCUGUUUCUACUGGUGCCUUUUUCAAGUAGGGCUAUACAAUCCCGCCAGAAAGCAUUCCAGUGAGGGCAUUAGCUCGGAGAGGACAGAGAUGGACAAUAACUUUACUGGCCCUUUAAGGGUUUAAUUAUGGGAACGAGGUAAUUGAGAAAAUCAUGAACAGCUGGCAUUUAUACCCUACAAAUCAAAAAUCUGUUCUUUUUAAUCUAGUAGAGAUCAUUGUAUGCUAAUGCAUGUGUAUCUCCAAAAAAAA